AUGAGUACAGCUGUAGCUUUAGAUGCUAGCAAGGGAGACAUGGUGUCGCAUCUCUGCAGACCUGACACCGAGAUGGUUGAAUACAUAUAUCUAUGUAUGUAUCCCGCCAUAGAACAAAGGACUGCAGAAAGGAGACUUGUCUUCAUCCCAUCUGUCACCCGCCCGAGCACGUCCGUUUCCGCCCUCGAGCUAAAAUCAAAUAUCGAUAAUGAUGAUGGUUCGACGUCUUUAUUAGUUGUUGACGAAGUUUACGAAAUUCUCGGGACUGAUUGGUUAGCGGCCUUGCUCGGUGUAAAUUCAUAA